AUGAAGGCCGUGGCCGCUGAGGGCGCGCGCCAACUCGACAAGCGCUUCGCCUUCCUCUGGAGCGCAGCGCACCGCCUGUUGCCAGCCAACGCCGCGCUGGCCAACCACAUGAUCGCAUCGAUGCUGCAGCAGGCACGCGCAAGCCGCGCGCAGCUUCCCCAGGCCGUCCUGGACUUUAUCUGCGAGCGCUGCGGUGGGCUGCUGGUGCCCAGCGUGUCGGCGGACGCGCGCGUGCUGCCGCAGAGCCGGCGGUCGCCGGCCAACCGGCGUCUGGCCAGGCAACAGCGGCGCGCGCAGCAGCAGAACGGCGCCAAUGGCCCGCGCGUGGUGCGCGAGGCCCUGGCCACCAUAGUGAGGGUGACGUGCCGUCGAUGCAAGCACGCCAACGACCGGGCGGGGACCUCGGUGGUGCACAAGGCCAAGAUGAAGAAGAGAGCGAGGGAGGAGGCGGCGGAGGGCGACGAAGCUCCGGAGACGAAGAAGUUGAAGGCCGACGAGGGUGAAGCUGAGCCAAAAGUUGAGGCUAGUUCGGUUGUGGAGCUGAAGGUGGCGCCGACGAGCGUGUUUGCGCCGCCGCCGAGUCCGCCGCGGAAGCUGCUGGACGGACCGAAGAAGAAGAAAAAGAAGAAAAAGACGCCGCAGCCGGACGCCGCCGUGGUGGCUGUGAAGAGCAGCUUGAGCUCCUUCCUGCAGGGUCUGAAGCCGGUCACGCGGAAGUGA